AUGGAGAGGGUGCCCAUCCCGAUUAAGGAGAGUAUAGAAGAGCCAUCAGCGAAGAUCAACGUGCUGCUCCAAGCGUACAUAUCGCAAUUGAAGCUCGAAGGCUUUGCCCUAAUGGCUGAUAUGGUGUACGUCACUCAGUCGGCGUGUCGAUUACUGAGAGCCAUAUUUGAGAUAGUUUUGCAUAGAGGUUGGGCCCAGCUGGUGGAUAAAACGCUCGCGCUAUGCAAAAUGGUGGAUCGACGCAUGUGGCAGUCAAUGUCGCCGCUAAGGCAAUUCAGAAAGAUGCCGGAAGAGGUGGUAAAGAAGCUGGAGAAGAAGAACUUCCCCUGGGAGAAACUGUACGAACUGGGACCGAACGAGAUCGGUGAACUCGUUCGCGCUCCGAAGCUCGGCAAGAUGAUACACAAAUACGUCCAUCAGUUCCCCAAGUUGGAACUGUCCACUCACAUACAACCCAUCACCAGAUCGACUUUGAGGGUAGAAUUGACUAUUACACCAGAUUUUCAAUGGGAUGCAAAGAUUCACGGACAAUCCGAGGCGUUCUGGAUCCUCGUGGAAGAUGUGGACUCGGAGGUGAUACUCCACCACGAGUUCUUCCUCCUCAAGGAGAAGUAUUGUCGUGAUGAGCACCAUGUCAAGUUGUUCGUGCCGGUGUUUGAACCACUGCCGCCACAGUACUUCUUAAGGGUAGUAUCAGACAGAUGGAUAGCAGCCGAAACUCAACUACCCGUGUCCUUCCGGCAUCUCAUUCUCCCGGAAAAGAACCUGCCACCCACCGAACUGCUAGACCUGCAGCCGUUGCCUAUAUCUGCUUUGAGAAACGGGAAAUAUGAAGAGUUGUAUUCGGAGACCUUCGAUCAAUUCAAUCCGGUUCAAACACAGGUGUUCAACGCAGUAUAUAAUUCGGAUGACAACGUGUUCGUGGGCGCUCCAGGUGGCUCUGGCAAGUCUGUGAUCGCCGAGCUGGCGCUACUCCGCCUGCUCUCCACUAAUCCAGCUGGCAGAGCUGUUUAUCUUCUACCAAGGGACGCGCUCGCUGACAUUGUUUUCGCCGAUUGGUAUCAUAAGUUCGCCUCAAAAUUCAAUUUAAAGGUAGUACAACUGACAGGUGAGACAGCAACAGACCACAAGCUUCUGAACAAAGGACAGAUUAUCAUCACCACAGCCGAUAAAUGGGAUGUGCUAUCCAGGAGAUGGAAAGUGCGGAAAUCGGUUCAAAGUGUGUCGUUGCUGAUAGUGGACGCGCUACAACUUCUGGGAGGUGAAGAGGGGCCGGUCAUGGAGGUGGUGUGCUCCAGGAUGAGAUAUAUAGCGUCGCAGAUAGGCCGCGGCAUUCGAAUUGUCGCGUUAUCGCUGCCGUUGGCUGACGCCCGCGACGUGGCGCAGUGGCUCGGCUGCAACGCCAACGCAACGUUCAACUUCCAUCCCAGCGUUCGUCCGCUACCGCUGGAGUUACAUAUACAGGGUUUCAACAUAUCACACGCGCCCUCUCGCCUAGCAGCAAUGACCAAACCGAUAUACAACAGCAUACUUCGCUACGCGGGCACCAAACCCACCGUCGUCUUCGUGCCCUCGAGGCGUCACUCGCGGCUCUUGGCUGCUGAUCUGCUGGCGCUCGCUGCUGCUGCGGGCAGGCCAGCGCGGUUUUUGCACGCCAGACCGGAUCUGGUUCAGCCGUUCUUGACUAAAAUACACGAUAAGAUGCUGAAAGAAACCGUCUCCGCUGGUGUGGCGUAUCUGCACGAAGGUGUCGAAAACAACGAUCGACGCGUCGUGCAGCAACUAGUCGAGUGCGGAGCGAUACAAGUGUGCGUUGUUGCUGCGGAGCUGGCGUUUGCGUUCGCUGCUCACUCGCACACUGUCAUCGUUGCGGACACACAUGUUUACAACGGCAAACUCCACUGCUACGAACAGUACCCGAUCACGACGAUCCUGCAGAUGUUAGGGCGCGCGUGUCGCCCCCUCGAGGAUGACCACUCCGUCGCAGUGCUCAUGUGCGCCGCCCACCACAAGAGCUUCUUCACUAAGCUGCUCAAUGACUGUCUUCCGCUAGAGAGUCACCUGGACCACAGACUGCACGACCACAUCAACGCGGAAAUAGUGACGAAGACCAUAGAAAACAAACAAGAUGCCGUGGACUACCUGACGUGGACCUUCCUCUACCGAAGACUCACCCAGAACCCCAACUACUAUAACCUCCAGGGCGUCACACAUAGGCAUCUAUCAGACCAUCUCUCCGAGUUAGUUGAAACUACCCUCAAUGAUCUCGAACAGUCGAAGUGCAUCGCCAUUGAAGACGAGAUGGACGUUCAGCCGCUCAAUUUGGGAAUGAUUGCGUCUUAUUACUACAUCAACUAUACAACGAUCGAAUUGUUCAGUCUGUCUCUAACGUCGAAGACCAAGAUUCGUGGUCUCCUCGAGAUCAUCUCUUCAGCUGCUGAAUACUCCGAGCUCUGCAUCAGACACCGCGAAGAGAACAUCAUCAAAGCAUUAUCUGCCAAAGUUCCACAUAAGCCGACUAGUUCCGGUGGCGGCACAGUCAAAUACAACGAGCCGCAAGUGAAAGCGCACGUUCUGUUGCAAGCUCACCUCUCGAGAAUGCAACUACCCGCAGAAUUGCAAGCGGACACCGCCAUUGUCAUUACCAAGGCCAUUCGUCUAAUCCAGGCGUGUGUCGACGUGGUGUCCAGCAGUGGUUGGUUGUCCCCAGCAGUAGCAGCCAUGGAGCUAGCUCAAAUGGUCACGCAAGCGAUGUGGGCUAAAGACUCGUACCUACGUCAACUUCCACACUUUACACCAGCCCUGGUGCAGCGGUGUUCAGAGAAGAGCGUCGAGACUGUCUUCGAUGUGAUGGAGUUGGAAGACAACGCGCGCGCGAAGUUACUCCAGCUGUCGUCCAGCGAGAUGGCCGAUGUAGCGAGAUUCUGCAAUAGAUAUCCCAACGUUGAAUUGAACUAUGAGGUACAAAAUGAACGACGACUGCGCGCGGGCAAACCAAUAGUCGUGGAAGUCACAUUGGAGAGAGAGGAUGAAGUGGUCGGACCGGUUAUUGCACCUUUCUUCCCGCAGAAACGCGAAGAGGGCUGGUGGGUUGUCAUCGGCGAUCCGAAAUCGAACACGCUCUUAUCGAUCAAGAGGGUGUCCCUCGGUCGUUCGGCGAAUGUGCGGCUGGACUUUGUGUGUGGUAGCGCUGGUACUCACACUUACACGCUCUACUUCAUGUCUGAUGCCUAUCUUGGUGCUGACCAGGAGUACAAGUUCACGGUCCACGUGGAGGAAGCCGCUUCGGACUCCAGCGAUUCUGAGUGA